ACCAACCCUCCAUUCGCAUUAGACUCGAUCUACUAUUGCAUCUCAUCAACCCACGUUCCCAGCUGCAUCAAGCUUAACACGGAUACCUCUUCAAGGAUCUUGAACCUCCAAGGAAAUCACCUCACCAAAAGGCGCCAAGCUAGAUAGCGGCCCGCUCUGGAAUCCAGGAACAAGGACCUUCUGCUGCCACCGCCGAUAUUGGUUUUUUCACACUCUCUUCCUUACCCUUCAAGAUCGUAGCAGGGAUCACAAAUCGGAAUUGGUGUCUGACAGAGUUUUCUCGUCAUCUUUUCUUCCUUACUUUCGGUCUACUUCACCCGUUUCAUCUCUCAUAUUGGACGUGUCAAUAUUCAGGCUUGACCGCUUUCUCACGAAAAAUAGCUCCUAUUCACUAUGACGCUCAAUCUUAAUGAAUUCGACGUCCUAGUGUUUGACAUUGAAGGAACCGUUUGUCCCAUCUCCUUUGUCAAGGACGUUCUAUUCCCAUAUGCACUCGAUGCACUUCCCAAGGUGUUGGAUCAAGAGUGGGAUAGUCCAGAGUUCGCAAAGUACCGCGAUGCCUUCCCCGAGGAGUAUCGCAACUCGCGCUCUGACUUUGAAGCGCACGUCCGCGACCUCGUGAAGCGUGAUGUCAAGAUCGCCUACCUCAAGUCGCUCCAGGGUUACCUGUGGCUGCAAGGCUACAAGUCGGGUAACAUCGUGGCGCCCCUCUUCCCAGAUGUCGAGCCCUUCUUCAACGCGGCCACCCAAGCUGGGAAGACGAUCAUCAUCUACUCGUCCGGCUCAGUCCCUGCGCAGAAGUUGCUCUUUUCGCACACCAACUCCGAGAAGCCAGAUAUGACACCUCUUAUCGCAGACUACUUUGAUACCACCAAUGCGGGGCCCAAAACCGAGGUUCAUAGCUACACGAAGAUCAUUUCUGAACACCCGGAGCACAAGGACGUCAACCGAUGGCUUUUCCUGAGCGACAAUAUUAACGAGGUGAAGGCCGCUGUUGGGGCUGGCAUGCGCAGUUUGCCCGUUGUUCGUCCCGGUAAUGCGCCCUUGCCGCCAGACGAACCUCUGUCCAAGCUCGCCAUUACCGAGUUCAAGCACUCAGAGGUCGCUUUUUUGGGAGUAUGAUAGACGGCUGCA